CAAACAAAUCUCGAAAAAUCACGCCAGAUGACUAUUUGAUUUUGUACGGGUAUGGUAAAUUUAAGCCUAAUUUUCUUUUAGGGAAAGUUAAAUCACUAUUCCAUGAUUCGAUUUACGAGCUCAGACGCAAUGGAAGAACUGGACAAAUGGUGUAGAAUUUGUGGUACGGGGCUGCAUAAGUGUGGCCAUCGAUUAGAUGAAUUCGCUGAACGAACUAGUACUACCCUAGAAGAAAUGCUCAGCUUCUGUGUAGGAAUGAAGGAAACUAAAGCGAACGAUGGUAAAGCUUAUCUGCUGUGCAGUUCGUGCAAAGAGGAUCUUUUAGUUGCAUACAAAUUGCUUCAACUGUACCACGAAACAACGAAACGAUUGUUUAAAACUAGCACCACUAACUCAUUUUCCAUGCCGAAUGAUUUGAGCUGCACGGUAAAUAAUAAAGCACAAAGCGUCACGAAUGCGCCAGACAAAUGACAUCACAAAUCCAGCACAAAACUACACCAUUGCUCUAAAUGUGAUGAAAGAUUUGAUUCAUCUUUCCAACUAAAAAAGCAUCGCGACUCAUGCGUUCUUCAAAGCAUCAAGCCAAAAUGCU